AUGAGCGGAAACAGACUAGAUUUCAGCCAUUUGGAACCCUUUUACCAUGUGCCAGACGCACGAUUGUCUGAAGGUAUUACAUAUGUGAAGGAGACAGACACACUACUCUGGGUUGAUAUAUACAGAGGGCUGAUCCACAAACUGGAGGACCGCAACAAUAUAGAUGUCUCUUAUGAUUGUAUUACGAUAGCCCCCGAGACUUAUAGCCAAACGUCAAAUUUAAGACACCCGGAGCCCAGCUGUAAAGAGUCUGUCGGUGUCGUUUUCCCUGUAAUUAAUGGCGACGCUAAGCAGAUAACCGAUGUGCUGUUUGCCUCGAAAUUUGGCAUCGGAAAGACAAGUUUCAGAGACAAAACCUGGGAAUAUAUUCUCCUGUAUACGUCCUGUCCAGAAAUCAGCGAGGAGAGGGCACUCAGGUUGAGGUCAAACGACGGCAACGUUUCUCCCUGUGGUGAGUACCUCUUAGUCGGCUUGAUGAACGACUUCCCCUAUGAUGUUACGGAUGAGGGCUGCAUAGUGCGUGUCUCAUUGAACCAUCCCAGGAAGGUUGAAAUGUUCUGGGAGCGCAUCAAGAUACCAAAUGCCAUUCACUGGAGUCGCAACGGUGACUGCACUUACGUCACAGACUCGCUGGACUUCGCUAUUUGGAAGCUGGAUGCCAAGACAGGCGAAAGGACAAGACUGAUCGACGUCAAAAAAUACAACCCGGAUUUCGACUCCCCCGAGCCGGAUGGCAGUGCGAUAAACCAUGUCUCCAGCACCCUUUUCGUCGCUGUGUGGUCCACAGCCAAAAUUCAAGAAUACUCGAUUGAGUCCGGUCGUUUGAUUAGAGAGUUUAUUCUGCCAUCAUCCACUCCAAAGGUUUCCUGCUGUGUCAUAGUCGGCCCGGAUCUCUAUGUAACAACAGGCAAUGCUAAGACACCGAACGGCCCAGAGACCACCGUAGAUUCAGUGGGUGGUUCCAUUUUCAAGAUACCCAAUGCAGUGGAGAUCUCGCAUAACGAAUCCUCCAAGAACCAGCUAGUGUGGUGA